GUUCUCCUCUAUACCCUCAUGCUUGCCGAUCGGUACGGAGAUCAACAAAACACCGCCAACGAUGUUGGUAACUGUGGCUGGUUGGUCUACCUGAGAGAACCCGCCGACAGACAAGGCCGAACCAUCGUAAGGCCCUCGGCUCCCAGUUUUCGUGGUCUCAUCCAGACCCGCAAUCGACUGGCUGAAGCCAUACAGCAGGUCGUAUCGCUAGAAAAACUUCGAUCGUCCACAUGGAGGCCACCGCUACCCCCCAAUAUUGGCCAGAUGAGGAUUUGUUCCACAUGUCCACAACAGUUGGCCUGUGGUCUAUUCCUGGACAAGCCUGAUUUCGGGACUACCGGAAGCGAAGUCGAGCAAUUGCUACGUUCGCGCUGCUCUCAUCUCUCCGCAAAUCAUAUCGACUUCUUCUACCUUUGGUCCCGUCUCCAACUGCUGGAGCAUGCCUCAGCCAACCGUCUUGACAGCGUUGUCGCCGGCAUCGUAGGGUCUAGCUCUUCCUCGACAGAGUGA